GCUUCUUCAACAACAACACGGGAGGCUUCUUCAACAAAAACACGGCCACUGAUUCUUUCGUCGCCACUCGGUAGUUAGCCAACGUAAAAACGAAACAUUGAAUCUCUUUAGACCAUUUUUGUGUGUAUUGAUGUCGGUGUCAUUUGCUUGUUAAAAUUUACACAUUUGUUAAGGUUGAUUAUACUGAGCCUAGCACUAGGCUAAUGCUAAUUUUAGGUAGCCCAACCAUGAACUCACUAAGCUACUCCCUUACUGCUAAAGAAGAGGUCUGCUGGACGGAGAAAGAAGCUCUGGGUCUGAACAUUGUCGUAAAAGAAGAGGAAGAGGAGAAUAUUACAGUGAAAGAAGAGGAAGAAGCUUUCAGAAUAAAACAGGAGGAAGAGGAGGAUAUCACGUUGAAAGAAGAAGAUGAGGAUGUUACAGUGAAAGAAGAGAAGGAACCAUUUGGAGUGAAAGAGGAAGAGGAGGCUAUCUCAAUAAAAGAGGAGGAGGAAGUUGUUUUGGGAGUGAAAAAGGAGGAGGUUGAAGGGGAGGAAGUGGAGACUGGAGAUCUGAUUGACACUAGAGAGAGACCAGACUCUCAGUCUGACAGCGGGAAGAGUCCUUCAGGGGAACCASACRRYGAGACGCCCAAACKA